AUGGGGUGCGGCGCGUCCUCCGCGAGCUCGAGCUCGGUCCCCUCCGCGUCGUCCGCGCCCGCGGACACGCGAUGGAUCGAGAACAUGUUCGGGAAGACGCUCUUGACGAAGAGCGGCGAGCGCGUCGCGACGACGAAGGCGCGCGACGCGACGCGACGUUUCGCGCGGCCUCCGUCCCCCCCCGCGCGAAUCCAUCAUCAUCAUCUUACUUCUGUUCUUCCUCCUCCUUCGCGCGCCGCCGCUGACGUCAUCAUCCCUCCCUCCCUCCCUCCCUCCCUCCAUCCUCCUCGCGAUGUCGUCCGUCCUCAGGUCCUCGGCGGCAAGAUCGUCGCGGUGUACUUCGGCGCGAGCUGGUGCGGCCCGUGCCGCGCGUUCCUCCCCACCCUGACGAAGAUCUCCGACGCGCUGCGAUCGCGCGGCGCGCUCUUCGAGGUCGUGUACGCUUCCUCGGACAACGACGACGCGGAAUUCGCCGCGCACUUCACGAAGGGCGACAAGAUGCCGACGUGGUGGUUCGCGCACCCGUCCAUCGGCGGCGCGUUCGCGGAAUCACGCGCGUGGACGGAGGCGAUGGGCGAUUUCGGUGGCGCGGAGGUCGUCAAAGGCGUCCCGCACGUGUCGCUGUUCGACGCGUCCGGGAAACCGAUGAGCGGGCCGUACAACGCGUGCGGGCUGCUUCAACACCGCGGCGUCGACGGGUUCCCGUGGGCGGAGCCGGGGUACGUGCGCGCGGCUGCGGAGAACGCGAGCGAGCUGAUGGCGUUGGAGAAGUGGAAGCCGGCGCUGGCGGCGUACGAAGACGUCGCGGAGCUGCUGAAGAAGAAUCCAAACCCGGCGGACCCGUCGAGCCUGGAGGACGUCGCGAUCGCGCUGAACGACCUCGCGUGGAUCCACAACAAGCUCGGGAGCGCGAAGAACGCGCUGAAGGUGUACGAGGAAGCGCUCGCGGCGAUCGUGAAGGAUGCGAAACACCUGGGGACGGAGAGCGAAGCGUACGCGGUGACUUUGUUCAACGUCGCGGACAUGAAGAGCGAGAUGAAACGGUUCGCGGACGCGGAGAAGGAUCUGCGGGUGGUGUCGCGACUGCGCGCGAAGAUCUUGGGGAAGGAGGAUUACGAGUACGGGAACACGCUGUACGCGCUCGCGUUCGUGCUCGAAAAUUUGGGGAGGCACGAGGAGAGCGCGGGGUUUUACGACGACGCCGCGGACGUCAUGGAGAAGGCGACGGGGGACGCGAUGGACGCUCGGAAAAAAGCUGACGCGAUGCGCGCGAAGUGUCGAUGAACGGUGGGCGCGAUAGCCCUGCGAUAGCCCUAUGUGAUGUGAAGUUGAAACCGUCGUUG